UUUAACACGUCAGCAAAACUUAGCUUUCGAAAAAUAUUUUUUUUAAAUUCAUCGAAUAAUCAAGCCCUUCAGAACUAUUGUUAUUCGUAGCCCGUUACACGAUCCCCUAAGUCUUGCCAGUACUCUACGUUAUGAAUACCCGACAGCAAGCUAAGAGAACCCAGACACAUUACGAGCAUGAGAGCGAUGAGGUAAUUUAUGUAAAAACAUAUAAAUUAGAUCAAAAUGAUAAGCGCAAUUGGCCGCAAUGCAAAAUAUGUUAUGAGGAACUAAAAAACCAACCCACUGCAACACCUUGUGGACACGUUUUCUGUAAGAGUUGUAUUAAGAGAUCCAUGUUGUAUUCUAAAGUGUGUCCCUUAUGUAGGGCUAGUGUAACCAAUGAAUCAUUGCUUGAAAUUUAUUUAUAA